AGCACCUUUACCAAAAUGAAUUUCUUCAACCCAUUUUCCCGACCAGGAGUUAAAUGGACAUUUGUAGGCCAUGCAUCAUCAUUUCCAGAUGUAGACGAUGAUGCAGGCAACUUGGCAAAACAUCGGUUGUGUAACGCAAAAUCAAUGCCAGGCUGCAGAGCAUUUCACAUACCAAAGGAAGAUGUUUCUUCGGCGAAAGAAGUCCCUGUUGGCGAUGAUUCUACGUUGGAGUCAUUUAUGGAUCAGGUGCUUGUGUUUCAGUACAAAGGCAAAUUUCAUGCAAUCGACCAUUCAUGUCCGCAUAGUCAAUACCCUCUUUCGAAAGGGACGCCAUUUGAUAUUGAAGACUUUGGCGUUGUGCUUAGUGCUGGAGUGUCGUGUCCGAACCAUGGUUGGUCGUUUGAUUUGUUUACUGGCAUGUCAGAUCGGGGGAGCUACAGACUCAAGACUUGGGAGGUAGAGAUUAGGGAUAUCAAGCAAACGGAGGACACUGAUACAAAAGAGAAGAACGGCUUGAGCACGGAUAAAGAGGUUUGGGUGAGGAGGAAGCAAAGGAUUGGUUGAAGCGAUAUUGGUGGGGGUUCGCCUGGCAAAUGCAGACUGGCAGAUGCACAUCACGAAAGGGGACAAGCGAGGAUACACGCACGACGAAUCGUCGACGAUUGUCUCCGAAACUAGUCGCGGCUGAUCAUUCGGCACUUGACAGGUCUGAGCCACCAUCCGAUACAAGCCAAAGACAGGCCUGGCGUGGCACUUUAUUCCCCGAUCACAAAAUGCAAUUGCCGUACAGAAGCAUUGCUCCAUUCUCCCAGGAGCCAUGCACAGGGUAUGUACUUCAACGCUGUCCAGCCAGCCCAACUACGAUAUCAGAGUCGGGCGAGUUAGAAAUUCCUAGAACUCUACGAUGAGACGACACAGAUGGUAGUAUGAGAUACCAGUCUAGGAUUUAUCGAGGGCGGAGUUUGCGGCAGGCUGUCUUGAGCACUUCAUUGGAAGGCCGAGGGAUCCCAGAAAAGCCAAGACACCGGCUUGUCAAGCUUGAUGGCAACAGUGAGCGUGAUAAGCGGACAACCCGAAGAUAUACGGAUAACCCGACCAUGAAUGGAUAGCCCGCAAAACAGCGGAUGGCUCGGGAGUGAAAGAUUAGGACUCUGAUGGCUCUGAUGAGCACUGGACUACUGGCUGUGUGACUGCGACCUCUUUUCUGGUCCUUUGCCCUGCUAUAUCUUUGUAGAACGGACAGCGAUGGCCAUGAGGGUUCGUGAUUAUGAAGAUCACGGACAGCUAUAAUGUGACAUAGGCACCAACCUCUGGUUAUCGAAUAGACGCAUGCCAUAUCAGAUCAUCCAGCCUCGUCAUGGUAUCCCUCCGAAGCUUAACUCCAUGAAUUCAAUCUGUCUUAAUCUAGCUAAUAACUUCUGGCAUGUCAAAUCUAAAUGCAACAUUCCCC